UGGGAGCCUCCCGAGGCAGCCGGGCCCUUGCUGCUCUGACCCGAGCAGCACCUCUGUGCAGUAAACAGAGGAGCCAUCUCCCUUGCAAAAACCUGGAUAAAUCCCAAGCAGCCCCAGACUUUGUACAUUAAAAAAAAAAAAUGGCCAGCCUUUCUCCGGGCUAGCGACAUGGCUCCAAAGUAGCAGAAUCCAGAGAGGAUGGCAGCGUGAGCCAUUCAUUACAAAAUCCAUCUCUCCCUCUGUCUGCGUGCCUGGCUGUCUGUCUGCUGUGUGUCUGCCCUGCCCGACACAGUUCCGCCGUGACUGUACAGCGCUGUCUAUGCCUCGCUGUACAGUCGGUGCCUCGCUGAUGAAAGAGCCGGUCCGCUUGAAUAGAUUAAAAGGGAAAAUUAUUUCCCUAAUGGGAAAAUUAAAAAAACAAUUACCCAAAUAUAAACAGAGGCAUAAGCGAGGGGGGGGGGGGGGAGGGCUUUGGCACCGGGAGACAAUCCAUUUGAACCCAGGUUUGGCUUCUUUCUCUGACAUCCAUUUAUUUUAAAUGAACAUCUUUUAAAUGUUAAUCAGGAAGGGCCCGGCAUUAACUAAAGUCUGGGAAGAGGUAAUCACAGCGUCAGGUCUCCCAUCGUGGCAUUACCCCCAGCCCCCCCUUCUCUAGCUAUCUCGAGGAAAUUGCAAACUCGCUUACAAUACUAACUGAUGCUUUCUGGCUGCGAUAGUACUCUGGAAAGAGCUCGUUCCCGGAUACUUUAACGCUACCCACGCCAGAUCCGUAGGCAGCUCCAAAUGGCCCGCGAUAAACAAUAACAAAUUUGAUUUUUGGUUCAAGUAGGCAACCGAGUACAAUGGCACGGAGUUGAACCGUGAAAAGCAGGGGCGGGGGCCGGGGCUUUAUUAAUUUAAUCACAGACAGAGACCGUGCAGUGAAGGGAACACGCAUUACUUCCGGAAAGCCCAACCGGGGGGAAAGAAGUGACAAUAAAAGGUUCGUUUAUAAACCGCUUCAUCCUAGGUACAAUAAACAUCAGAUUGCUCGGCUAUUUUAUAGUAGUGCAUGUGAUAAUAGAAGAGCAUAAGUUAUGGCAAGGCUGAAGUCAGGGACUUUUUUUUUCCUCCCAGCGUGUAAACUCUCCCCCCCCCCUCGCUCUACACACACGUACAGCAUAUGUAGGUGUGUUAUGUAGAAAUAUAUAUCACACAUUAAUAUACAUAUAUAUUCUAAAUUCAGAGGUCGACCUGAGACCAGCUCUGUGCAUACGAAACCAAACUGGGAGGGGUUGGUGUUAAGGCCUGGGUUUCCAUUGGCUGCAAGCAUUUGCCGUGGUGCGGGGGUAUCUCUAAUCAUAUUCAGCAUGUUUUGCACAAGAAAUGUCAGCCAGAAAGGGCUAUCUGCUCCCUUCGCCAAAUUAUUCCACAACAAUGUCAUGCUCAGAGAGCCCGGCUGCAAACUCUUUUUUGGUAGACUCCUUGAUCAGCUCAGGCAGAGGGGAAACAGGAGGAGGAGGAGGAGGAGGAGGAGGAGGCGGCGGCGGAGGCGGCUACUAUCCCACCAGUAGUGUCUACCUGCCACAAGCGCCCGAUCUGUCCUAUGGGCUGCAAAGCUGCGGACUUUUUCCAGUUUUGAGCAAACGCAAUGAAGGUACUUCUCAAAGCAUGGUCCCCACGUCUCAUCACUACAUGUCAGGGAUGGAGGUCUGGCUAGAUCCCCCAAGGUCUUGUCGCAUGGAAGAGCCUGAGAGCCAGCAGGCCACCUCCUGCUCCUUUGCUCAAAACAUUAAGGAGGAGAACUCCUACUGCCUCUAUGACUCAGACAAAUGUCCUAAGGGGGCAACUGCCACAGAUCUAUCUACUUUCCCAAGGCUAAACGCUGAGGUUAGUUCUAUGAACAACGUGAGUGGGGUUCCUGUCCCAGGCUACUUCCGCUUGUCUCAAGCCUAUGGCACUUCCAAGAGCUACAAUACUGGGCAAGUUGGUGCUUCCCAGUUCACACCGCAGCCCCAAGUUCGUUUUGAUACGCCUCCAUCUUUGCCUUCAGUCCCAGCAGAAGCGGGGAGGAAAGAGAGCGGAGAGGCUUCCCCCACUACCUUGGCUUGUGUCUCCCAGAGGGAGGAAGAGGCGCAGGCUUCGUCUUCGACUGCAGAAGAGCUCUCCCCAGCUCCGUCAGACAGCAGCAAAGCCUCUCCUGAGAAAGAAACCGUAGGCAAUGCAAAAGGAGAAAAUGCAGCAAACUGGCUGACCGCAAAAAGCGGCAGAAAGAAGCGGUGCCCUUAUACCAAGCAUCAAACUCUCGAGCUGGAAAAGGAGUUUCUGUUCAAUAUGUACCUGACUCGUGAGCGUCGCCUAGAGAUCAGCCGUACAGUCCACCUCACAGACAGACAAGUUAAAAUCUGGUUUCAGAACCGCAGAAUGAAACUGAAGAAAAUGAACAGAGAGAAUAGGAUUCGGGAGCUCACAGCCAACUUUAAUUUUUCUUGAUGAACCCAUAAACACGUUUUUACGGUUUAAAGAGCCAGUAUCAUUUUCCUAGGCUUUAGUAAUCCGCACCUGUAUGGAUUAAGGAUUUUAUACAUUCUCAGUAUGUCCAUAACCUCUUUAUAGCUAUUUCUGGGGGAAAGAGCCAUAAAAUCGUGCUCAAAAUGCCAUGUAUGUACCGCCCUCGGUCCAUUAAAGCUUCCUCGCUCUUAUUGUUCUUUUAGUUCUUGAAAGACAGAAAUAUUAUUUCGAGAGCUACAAAUAGUUUUUCCCCCCUCUCUCUCCCCAAAAUGUAAACAAUCCCAGUUAAAGGCACAAUACAAUGUUCAAUGAUAGAAGGGAUGUCUGGGCUGUAUUUAGCUGAAUAAUGCAUUAUUGAAGCCUUGGCUAUCUCCUCUAUAAGAGAAGCUUAGCUUUUCUUGCAAAAAAAAAAAAAAAAAAAAAAAAAUCAGGGUUUACAAUAAUGAAACGCAGGCAUGCUUUAAAACGGAGGGCUUCGUGGGGACUGGGGUGAAAAGCGAUUUUCUUUUCUUUUCCCUUUUCCUCCCUUUUAUCUUCUUUUCUAAAAAAAAAAAAAUCAAUAUUACAGCUUUAAAAUUGGCCAGGAAAAUGAAAUCUCUUCUCUUUAAGGAUACAAAAGGUCUCGUGUUACUUCUGGACUAAAUUAUUACACUUACCUCUAAAUUUCUCUCUCCCUUUCUGGUUGUAGAUAUUUACUUAAUGUAGUUUUGCUUAAAUUUGUGGGAUUAGUGGAUUUUUGUCUAUGAAGUACGUUACCGUUGGUAACGCGUGACAAGCACACAACAAUUCGCCCUGUCUUGAGAAAAAAUAGUCACUUUUUCUCACUAAGUUCAUCGAGAAGUGUCUAUGGCGAACAUCAGAAGGAUUUUCUGAGCCAGAGUUGAAGGUAGCGAGGGAGAAUAUGUCGUCUUUCCUUUAUACUGUGAAGCUACAUGCAUUAAAAGGGUCAAACGUGGAGGUGCAAAGAAAAAAAAGAGGGGAAAACAUUAUAAAUACAGAUAUGUAUAAAUGUCUAUUAUUAAAAUGCCGAAACUGUUUUAAGCAAAUGCAUUCUAUCGUUAUUAUAAAUGUUAGUUCUAGCUAUAUCUAGUUCUUACCUUAAAUCGGAAUAAAUUAAUAUUGUAAUGCUGCUGUGCGUGAAAAGACGAUGUUUAUGUUCUCAUAGAAGAAUAAAAGACGUGGAAUGAAUCCUUUUAAUUUUA